AUGAAUAGACAUGGUUCUGAUCAUGCACCACUACAUCUUGAGUGUAGCAGCAAUGCACAUCCUAUUGUCAAAUCUUUUAAGUUUCUUAAAUUCUGGACAAAGAAUCAUACAUUUAUGGAGGUGGUAAGGGAGAAUUGGACUGCUGAUUUCUGUGAAAAUCCAUUCUAUGUAUUUCAUCACAAGUUAAAGAAACUUAAAAGAGCACUGGUUCAAUGGAGCAGGAGCACAUAUGGGAAUAUAUUUCAGCAGAUUGCCACUAUUGAAGAUACUAUAAAGGUGAAGGAGUUGGAGUUUGAAAAUAAUGCUUCAAGGGAGAAUAGAAUGUUGUUACAUCAAGCACAAGCUGAACUAACCAGAUUUUUACACUUGGAGGAAGGGAGGAAUAAACUAACUCUGAAAAGAAUACAAGAUCCUUCUGGUACAUGGUUGGAAAAUGAAGUAGAUAUUGGUUCUGAGGCAAUCAGGUUCUUUGAGUCACAGUUUAGUGAAGAAAAUUCAGGAGGGGAUUAUGCAUUGUUGAAAAAUAUUCCUAAAUUGAUAACUGAAGAACAACAAAAGAAUAUGGAAGAGUUUCCAUCUAAAAGUGAAGUAAAGAAUGCUGUGUUUUCACUCAAUGGGGACAGUGCUAGUGGGCCUGAUGGAUUCACAGGACAGUUUUAUCAGAAGUGUUGGGAGGUUAUCAAGCUGGAUGUGAUUCAAAUGAAUAGAUUGGCAAAAGUUCUUCCUAAUAUGAUUUCUCACAAUCAGACAGGAUUUGUGAAAGGAAGGAGCAUUGCAGAAAACAUAUUACUGGCACAGGAGAUCAUCAGAGAUAGUAACUUGAGAGCUAAACAUACUAAUGUGGUGAUCAAAUUAGACAUGGCAAAGGCAUAUGAUAGACUCUCCUGGAUUUUUUUGACUAAAGUAUUGAGACAAUUUGAGUUUGGAGAGGGGGUAAAGCAAGGUGAUCCACUUUCUCCUACAUUAUUCAUUAUAGCAGCAGAGGUCUUAACAAGGAGUCUGAAUAAGUUACAUGAGAAGCCAAGUUUCAUAGGCUAUGGAAUGCCAAAAUGGAGUCCUCAAAUCAAUCACCUAUCCUAUGCUGAUGACACAAUAUUAUUCUGUUCUGGGGAUGGAUAUUCUUUAAAGAAAAUGAUGAGGAGAUUGAGGAAUUAUGAGAAGGCUUCACGACAGCUGGUCAAUACUGAUAAAAGUUGUUACUAUGUUCAUCACAAGGUCUCAGCCAGAGUUAAUAGCAGGAUUAAAAGACAUACUAAGAUGAGACAUGGAUCCUUUCCUUUCACAUAUUUAGGCUGUCCUGUGUUUUAUGGUAGAAGGAGAUUGAUAUAUUAUGAGGAUUUGAUCAAAAAAGUGAUGAAAAGGAUUCUGUCUGGGCAAAACAGACUGUUAUCUUUUAGAGGUAGAUAUGUGCUGGUCAAUCAUGUGUUGCAAACCAUUCCAGUAUAUUUACUAUCAGCUAUGAAUCCUCCUUCUGCGGUGAUAAAGCAACUGCACAAGAUUUUCACCAAAUUCUUUUGGAGCAAUACAGUAGGGGUGAAAAGAAAACAUUGGGUGGCAUGGGACAAAUUAUGUCUACCAAAAGAUGAAGAAGGAAUUGGUCUUAGAUCACUAACUGAUAUAUCUAAUGCUUUAUUUGCUAAGUUGUGGUGGAAUUUCAGAUGUGGAAGAAGCUUAUGGGGUAGCUACAUGCUGAACAAAUACUGCAAGAAAUGGCAUCCUACAAUGCAUUGGAGAGAGGAGGAUCUCACAUAUGGAAGAAAAUGGUAA